AUGUCGUCUUUCACGCCCCAGCCACUAGGUGUGUCUCUCCCUCCUCAGGACCCGCAUGCCAUCUCUGUGUCCAUGCCCAAGUGGUCCCACGUCGUGGAUUACGAAGAGGGAAAGCCAGUCGUGCUCAAUGCUCUAUCCUGCGGCUAUCCUCGUUUCUUCCGUCAUCCGCUCGUAGUGGAGCUGCAAUUAUUGGUCCAGAAUCAGAUAUUUCCUCAGAUCGAUGCAGCCAAUUGGGAGUUUAUGAUCGUGCCGACUUCUGAAGUAGCGUUACGUUUGCAACAUUUUCUUUUUGACAGUCAAAAACCCGACUCGGUCAAUAGUACUGACAUAUCGGUACAUGUCGUCAAAAACGUCAUCCACGUUGUCCAGUUCCCGCGGUGCAUUCGCCACCUGGCCAAGCAAUUCUGGCAGCAUUCGGGCGAGAUCGUAACGUCGCGUCACGCGCUGCAGCUACUUCACGUGCUCAAGAGCAGCAAUUUGGACCUGUCAACAAUUCCCGGGCCUAAAUUAGGACAGACGGCCAAGCAUUUCGCGCUAAAAGAACGCGUUGCAGCACUCUAUUUUAAAGCCCAUCAAGACCGUGAUGUAAAAGUGGCUUUAUACCCGACGGGGAUGGCCGCUAUUUUUUCAACUGUUCGGCUCCUGCAAAAGCUUCGAGGAAGAGACUGCAAAAGCAUUUUAGUCGGGUUUCCCUACGUGGACACACUCAAGAUUCUCUCAAGGACCGAGUGGUGCCCUCAGGGGGUGCACUUUUUCCCCACCUGCGGAGAAAAAGACAUGCAGGCGGUGGAGGCUAUUGUAGCCACGGAAAAAGUGCUGGGGAUCUGGACCGAGUUUCCCAGCAAUCCCUUGUUGUCAAUGGUGGAUCUCAAGAGAUUGGCUACUUGUGCUCAUGACAAUGGCACGGUGCUGAUUGUGGACGAUACAGUUGGAUCAUUCAAUGUGAACACGAUGCAACAUGGCUGUGCAGACAUCGUGGUGACGAGUUUAUCCAAAAUAUUCAGUGGCUCGGCAACUGUCAUGGCAGGCAGUGUCGUGCUGAACCCUGCAAGUGUCCUGGCCGAGGAGUUAAGUACGGUCUUUGACCCAGAUACUGACUCGUUCCUGGUUGAGGAUGACGUGGGCGUGUUGCUGGAGCAGUCGGAGGACCUGGCAAAACGUCUAGUAAAGACGAAUGCAUCUACGGCUACAAUUGUGCAGAGGCUACUGAAGCAUCCGGUGGUGAAGCAAGUGUACUACCCGACGGUGGGCGACGCCAAGAACCUCUACGACCCUUUUCUACGUUCAGUUGAAGACAUGGACACACCUCGGUACGGCCCACUGGUGUCUAUUCUGCUACACGGUGGACUAGAGUCAGCCAGGGCUUUUUACAAUGCACUGACAAUUGCCAAAGGUCCGAGUCUCGGCACGAACUUUACUCUGGCUUGUCCGUACGCGCUACUUGCACACUAUGCAGAGCUGGAUUUCGUGGAGACUUGUGGCGUCGACCGGGACCUCAUUCGCAUAUCGAUUGGCCUGGAGGAUCCUGAAGAUAUUUGGACUGAUUUCGAGCAGGCACUUGCUGCCGCUAGCGCGUUUGUUGCGCCAGAAGAUAUGGUGUCGAAGUGA